UUUCCCUUUUUCUUUCCUUAAAUUCAUAACUCUUCCCCCACAAAACCAACCCUCUUCUCUCCAAUAUUCUCUAGCAACGUCAAUGAAAUGAAACUGGACACAGAAACAGAGUGGUGCCUUCCAAAUAAUGUCGUAGACAUUACUUGCAUGGAUAAUCAAUCAACCGUGGUGGCAGAGAAAGUGAACAAAACGGUGCGUUUAAUAGGUUUCCUGAUACAAAACGGUGUCUCUAAGAGCAACAGAGUUAUGCAUGACAUGCAUGAGAUGAUGAAGAGAGGAAAAAACAUAGGAAAAGCACUCAACACUGUGAUGGUGAAGCACCACGAAGCACUCUCGUGCCGUCCACGUGAUGCUGACAUGUACUUCGUGUCACCAUUGGAGUAUCAGUUCAGCUGUAGCGGCAGUCCACCUCGUCUCUCUCGCGGUGCCAGCAGCAGGAGGAAGCUUUUAUCUCCGGCAAAGGAGGAUAGUCGCCGGGGUAUGAAGGUGUGUGGUGAAACCGGCAUUGAAAGGAGGCGCGUGAAGGUGACGACGGUGUCGAGGGAGACGGAAAAGGAGAAAGAGUUUCAUGUUGAUCAAGCGGCGGAGGAGUUUAUUGAUAGGUUUUACAGAGAGCUGAGGUUGCAGAAAUGGUUGGACCAUCAUCAUCAUCAUCAUCAUCGUCGUCAGUAUUAAAGGUGACCGUGUCAUGUGUGUUGUGUUUGACUAACGUAACACAUCAUGUGCAUGUGGCAGGUGAAUCAUAUUGAAGAUUAAAACUAACAACUCUGGUUCUGCGGCUAUGUCUGAGUUUCUGUACGAUGUAUAUGUUAAUGGCAAUGUUAAUUUUAUAUGUAGUUGUAGCCUUGUAGGUGUACGUUAUUAUUGAUCCCUGCAGUGUAUUUUCGUACUAUAAAUAGUACUGUUAUCAACAUCGACAACUACUUUUUCUA